CGUCCAUAUCAUUUUGAUUGGCUUUCACAGGACAUCACUGCGGCUGUCAGUAAACCCUCCAAGAGGAGGGCUGUUGGAACCUCCUCUAGAUCUGAUGGAGAACAAGGAGAAGCAGAGGAAGAGGAUUUAAUGGGGAAAGAUCAGUAUUUGAAGAAGCUGCACAUGCAGGAGAGGGCUAUAGAAGAGGUGAAGCUUGCCAUCAAGCCUUUCUACCAGAACAGAGACAUCAACAAGGAUGAAUACAAAGAGAUUCUACGCAAAGCCGUCCAGAAGGUGUGCCACAGCAAGAGUGGGGAGAUCAACCCAGUGAAGGUGGGCAAUCUGGUCAAGGCAUACGUGGACAAAUUCAAACACGCUAGGAAACACAAGAAAGACGAGGACUUAGGGCAGGAGGCUGAUGAUAUGAAAAUCUCUGAUAGCCCGUGAGGAGGCAAACAGUGAAGGCGUGAACUGCUAACACUAACCCAUACACCAUGUUUCACUCUGAGUCAUAUUACUGGCUGUGAUCUCCAACUCUACAAUCAAAAUGGUAAACUAGCAGCUUCAAGAUUUUAUACAAUGCCAAGGUUUCUGAGUUUUUUUUCAAACUUUUUUGUUGAACUGCACCUACUGAGGACUUGUGCUUGGACUGCCACUGGCAAGAAGUGGACUCUUUGUGUUGAUCAUCUCAGAACCGGGAGACCUGGAGGUUGUGCCUUAAAGAGGCAAAUCUCAAACACACACACCCCCCCCCAUGGAGCCAGAAAUCAGGUAGCGUCGGAUGCAGCUCGGGCUUUGAGUUUCACACGGCUGUUUUGUGGGUAUUUAUCAGUGGCACAACUUUCUGUUGGUUAAGAAGUGGUAGAAUAAUAUGCAUUAUUUGCAUAUUUAAGACAUUUAUAACGUUAAGGAACAACACUGUUAUGCAAUUUUUGUAGAAAGUGUAUCCGUAAAGAUAUGAAACCAUUUUAGAUUUGGUUGUAAAUAAUAUAGAUUUGAUAUAUCCACUUAUGUUACUUUCAUCUGUGUUGCGAAUGACUGAUAUAAAUGGUUCUAGUUUAUAGAGCUGACUGGUUUCUGUUUUGUAUUAUCCGUCUUCCACAUCCCAAACAAUGUUUAAAGAGCUAAAUCCAGUCCAGCGUCCGGUUCACUCAUUUUCUCAAUAAUAGAGAUUCAAUUUGUUUUUGCCAAUUCUCUUUUUAAACAGUUUUGAAUACUACUCCACACUACCAUAAGUAUACAUUUUAGUUUGAAGUGGAAAGAGUUAAAAUACAGCCUUCAUGUUCAAAAAGCUCAAUGGGUUUCAGUCCCCAGAAACGUUCAUUUCUGUAUUGCCUUGCUGUCUUACCUGGUGCACUCAUGUCAACAUACCCUUUAACAACAGUUUUUUGUUGUUGUAUGUAAUAUAUAUUAAUAAGAUUUUUUUUUAUUUGCAUGUAAAUCCAUGGUUUUUGAGAUCAAUGUAUAGUCCAUAAAUAAUAGGAACAAUAGAAUAUCUCAUAAAUCGCAGCAAUUCCCAAGGUGUGUAUAUCAAAAUGAACUGUAUUCUGUUCAGGGUUCACUUUGAGGUGUCUGCUAUACUAACAGUAAUCACAGCUUCAUUAGGACUGCUUUGUCAAUGUGUCUUAAAAGUGAACCUCACUCUUUGCUUUCUUUUAUCGAAAUGUUCAUGAGAAAGUCAUUCUGUGUCAAUAGCAGUUUAUUUGCUGGAAAGGCGGAUUAUGAGGGUGGUUGGACUUGCCUUGUACUUUGUCCCAUGAAAUCAGCUUUAUAAAGCCAAGAAAUAGGAAUGAAAACAUCUACAAACACAGGUGCUCAUGUUUAUCUGAUUGUAUUUUACUUUUUUCCUCAUUUACCUUAGACAGGCCAGAUGUUUUUAAGAGGGAACAUUUGAUAAUAAACCACUGAUGAUGAAAAGG